GGGGUGGGGGGUGGCCCUGGGCUCAUGGAGCCGGCCGAGCGGGCGGGAGGCGGGGAGCCCCCGGAGCCGGGCGGGCGUCUCGGGCUGGGCUGCCGAAGCUUCGUCCCGCAGAAGGAGAUUGUGUACAACAAGCUGCUGCCCUAUGCCGAGCGGCUGGACGCCGAGUCCGACUUGCAGCUGGCCCAGAUCAAAAGCAACCUGGGCCGGGCCGUGCAGCUCCAGGAGCUCUGGCCCGGGGGCCUCUUCUGGACCAGGAAACUCUCCACAUAUAUUCGACUUUAUGGGAGAAAAUUUAGCAAAGAAGAUCAUGUUCUUUUUAUUAAGUUAUUAUAUGAGCUGGUAUCGAUUCCCAAACUGGAAAUCAGCAUGAUGCAAGGAUUUGCGCGUCUCUUGAUCAACUUGCUGAAGAAAAAGGAGCUUCUUUCAAGAGAUGAUUUGGAGUUACCAUGGAGACCACUUUAUGAUAUGGUGGAAAGAAUAUUAUAUUCCAAGACAGAGCACCUGGGAUUAAAUUGGUUUCCUAAUUCUGUAGAAAAUGUUCUCAAAACACUGGUGAAAAGCUGUCGACCGUAUUUCCCAGUGGAUGCCACAGCUGAAAUGCUAGAAGAAUGGCGACCUUUAAUGUGUCCCUUUGAUGUAACAAUGCAAAAGGCCAUCACUUACUUUGAAAUAUUUCUUCCUACCUCCCUUCCUCCAGAACUUCAUCAUAAAGGUUUUAAACUUUGGUUUGAUGAAUUAAUUGGCCUUUGGGUUUCAGUGCAAAAUCUCCCACAGUGGGAGGGGCAACUAGUAAAUCUCUUUGCUCGGUUGGCUACAGAUAAUAUAGGGUACAUCGACUGGGAUCCAUAUGUACCAAAGAUAUUUACAAGAAUUUUGAGAAGCUUGAACCUUCCAGUUGGAAGCAGUCAAGUAUUAGUUCCAAGAUUUUUAACAAAUGCUUAUGAUAUAGGACAUGCUGUAAUUUGGAUUACUGCUAUGAUGGGUGGACCAAGUAAGCUAGUACAGAAACAUUUAGCUGGUUUGUUUAACAGCAUUACAUCUUUUUACCAUCCUUCAAAUAAUGGGCGCUGGCUGAAUAAGUUAAUGAAACUACUUCAGCGACUGCCAAACAGUGUUGUUAGAAGAUUGCAUCGUGAAAGAUACAAGAAGCCCUCUUGGUUAACUCCUGUGCCUGAUAGCCAUAAGCUCACUGAUCAAGAUGUUACAGACUUUGUACAAUGCAUUAUUCAGCCUGUCCUCUUGGCUAUGUUUAGCAAAACUGGUAGUCUAGAAGCAGCCCAGGCUCUGCAGAAUCUUGCACUCAUGAGACCUGAGUUAGUAAUACCCCCUGUACUUGAAAGAACAUAUCCUGCACUAGAGACAUUAACAGAACCUCACCAGCUCACAGCCACUUUAAGUUGUGUAAUUGGAGUAGCCCGCAGUUUGGUAUCCGGGGGCAGGUGGUUUCCUGAAGGUCCAACACACAUGCUACCUCUGUUGAUGAGAGCAUUGCCUGGGGUGGAUCCAAAUGAUUUUAGUAAAUGCAUGAUCACAUUCCAGUUUAUAGCAACAUUUUCUACUCUGGUGCCUUUAGUGGAUUGUUCAUCUGUACUACAAGAAAAAAAUGACCUCACAGAAGUGGAACGAGAACUUUGUUCAGCCACGGCUGAGUUUGAGGAUUUUGUUCUACAGUUUAUGGACAGAUGUUUCGGACUUAUAGAAAGUAGCACAUUGGAACAAACCAGGGAAGAGACAGAAACUGAAAAAAUGACUCACUUGGAGAGUUUGGUCGAAUUAGGUCUCUCUUCUACGUUUAGUACAAUCCUCACACAGUGUUCCAAAGAAAUAUUUAUGGUGGCCCUUCAGAAGGUGUUUAAUUUUUCUAUUUCACAUAUAUUUGAAACAAGAGUAGCAGGCCGGAUGGUGGCAGACAUGUGCCGUGCUGCUGUAAAGUGCUGCCCAGAAGAAUCUUUGAAGUUAUUUGUUCCUCACUGCUGCAAUGUUAUAACUCAGCUUACGAUGAAUGAUGAUGUAUUGAAUGAAGAAGAAUUAGACAAGGAGUUACUAUGGAAUCUUCAACUUUUAUCUGAGAUCACUCGUGUGGAUGGGAAGAAGUUGCUUCUUUAUAGGGAGCAGCUUGUAAAGAUUCUCCAAAGAACCCUACGUUUAACUUGUAAGCAGGGUUACACUCUGUCUUGUAACCUUUUGCAUCAUCUUCUUCGUUCUACUACACUAAUCUACCCUACAGAAUACUGCAGUGUGCCAGGAGGCUUUGACAAGCCUCCCUCUGAAUACUUUCCUAUCAAGGACUGGGGCAAACCUGGUGACUUGUGGAAUCUUGGGAUCCAGUGGCAUGUUCCUUCACAACAAGAAGUGUCUUUUGCCUUCUCUCUGUUGGAUUCUUUUCUUCAGCCUGAGCUCGCCAAACUGGAGAAUUGUGGAGAUGGAGAACUCGAAAUGUCCAGAGAUGAUAUUCUACAGAGUUUGACCAUAGUACACAACUGUUUAAUUGGCUCAGGAAACCUACUACCUCCAUUGAAAGGAGAGCCAGUUGCCAACUUGGUACCGAGUAUGGUGUCCUUGGAAGAAACAAAGUUGUACACUGGGCUUGAAUAUGAUCUUUCUAGAGAGAACCAUCGUGAAACAAUUGCUAGGGUCAUAAGGAAGCUACUUAAUCAUAUUCUUGUUAAUUCUGAAGAUGAUACUAAGUCAUUGUUUCUUAUCAUAAAGAUUAUUGGAGACCUUUUGCAAUUCCAAGGAUCUCACAAACAUGAAUUUGACUCCCGGUGGAAAAGCUUUAAUUUAGUAAAAAAAUCAAUGGAAAAUCGGCUCCAUGGGAAAAAACAACAUAUCAGAGCUUUAUUGAUCGACAGAGUAAUGUUACAGCAUGAGCUAAGAACACUAACUGUUGAGGGUUGUGAAUAUAAAAAGAUACAUCAAGAUAUGAUCAGAGAUCUUCUUCGGUUAUCUACAAGUUCAUACAGUCAGGUCAGAAAUAAGGCUCAGCAAACAUUUUUUGCUGCCUUGGGAGCCUAUAACUUCUGUUGCAGAGAUAUCAUUCCCUUGGUUUUGGAAUUCUUACGGCCCGAUAGGAAAGAUGUUACACAACAGCAGUUCAAGGGUGCUUUAUAUUGCCUCCUUGGAAAUCACAGUGGUGUGUGCUUGGCAAAUCUUCAUGACUGGGACUGUAUUGUACAGACAUGGCCAGCAAUUGUUUCUUCAGGGCUUAGCCAAGCAAUGUCACUAGAAAAACCAUCAAUAGUGAGACUGUUUGAUGACCUUGCAGAAAAGAUUCAUCGACAAUAUGAAACAAUUGGCUUGGACUUCAACAUUCCAAAGUCAUGUGUUGAAAUAGCAGAAUUACUACAACAGUCACAAAACCCCUCUGUCAACCAGACAUUGCUUAGCCCAGAAAAAAUUAAAGAAGGACUUAAACGCCAACAAGAAAAGAAUGCUGAUGCCCUAAGGAACUAUGAAAAUUUGGUAAACACCUUGCUAGAUGGUGUGGAGCAAAGAAAUCUGCCCUGGAAAUUUGAGCACAUAGGCAUUGGACUGCUGUCUCUGCUCCUGAGAGAUGACCGAGUGUUGCCUCUUCGUGCCAUACGGUUUUUUGUUGAGAAUCUCAACCAUGAUGCAAUCGUAGUUCGAAAGAUGGCUAUCUCAGCUGUUGCUGGUAUUCUCAAACAGUUAAAAAGAACACACAAAAAGCUGACUAUCAACCCUUAUGAAAUCAGUGGAUUUCCCAAACCUGCCCAAAUUCUAGCUGGUGAUAGGCCUGAUAAUCAUUGGUUGCAUUAUAAUAGCAAAAGUAUACCAAGAACUAAAAAAGAAUGGGAGUCAAGUUACUUUGUGGAAAAAACUCACUGGGGGUACUACACCUGGCCAAAGAAUAUGGUUGUUUAUGCUGGUGUGGAAGAGCAGCCUAAGCUUGGCAGAAGCAGGGAGGAUAUGACAGAGGCAGAACAAAUUAUAUUUGAUCACUUUUCUGAUCCUAAAUUUGUUCAACAGUUAAUUACUUUUCUAUCUUUAGAAGACAGAAAGGGAAAAGAUAAGUUUAAUCCUCGACGUUUUUGCCUCUUUAAGGGUAUUUUCAGAAAUUUUGAUGAUGCCUUUCUACCAGUUCUGAAGCCCCAUUUAGAACGUUUGAUUGCAGAUUCACAUGAAAGUACCCAGCGAUGUGUUGCGGAAAUCAUAGCUGGUCUAAUCAGAGGCUCUAAGCAUUGGACAUUUGAGAAGGUGGAGAAGCUUUGGGAACUUCUGUGCCCUCUGCUCAGAACAGCUUUGUCCAACAUCACAGUAGAAACUUACAAUGACUGGGGGACUUGCAUAGCGACUUCCUGUGAAAGCAGAGAUCCCCGGAAACUUCACUGGCUUUUUGAGCUGCUCUUGGAGUCGCCAUUGAGUGGAGAAGGAGGAUCCUUUGUAGAUGCCUGUCGGCUUUACGUACUACAAGGUGGCCUUGCCCAGCAGGAAUGGAGAGUACCUGAACUAUUGCACAGACUACUGAAGUACCUGGAACCCAAACUCACCCAGGUUUAUAAAAACGUCAGGGAACGAAUAGGGAGUGUACUGACCUACAUAUUCAUGAUAGAUGUGUCUUUGCCAAAUACUGCGCCAACAACAUCCCCUUGUAUCCCUGAGUUUACUGCUCGAAUCCUUGACAAAUUGAAACCCCUCAUGGAUGUGGAUGAAGAAAUUCAGAAUCAUGUUAUGGAAGAAAACGGAAUUGGGGAAGAAGAUGAACGAACUCAGGGCAUUAAACUUUUAAAGACAAUAUUGAAAUGGCUAAUGGCAAGUGCUGGAAGAUCCUUCUCUACAGCUGUGACAGAACAGCUCCAGCUUCUGCCUUUGUUUUUUAAGAUUGCUCCAGUGGAAAAUGACAAUAGCUAUGAUGAGCUGAAGAGAGAUGCAAAACUAUGCUUAUCACUAAUGUCUCAGGGGUUGCUCUACCCUCAUCAAGUGCCUUUGGUGCUUCAGGUGCUAAAACAAACAGCAAGGAGCAGUUCUUGGCAUGCGAGAUACACAGUUCUGACCUACCUCCAGACCAUGGUAUUUUAUAACCUCUUUAUUUUCCUAAACAAUGAAGACGCAGUUAAAGACAUCAGAUGGCUGGUUAUAAGUCUUUUGGAAGAUGAACAGCUAGAGGUUCGGGAAAUGGCUGCUACCACUUUAAGUGGUCUGUUACAAUGUAACUUCCUUACCAUGGACAGUCCUAUGCAGAUUCAUUUUGAGCAACUUUGCAAGACAAAACUACCUAAGAAGAGAAAACGAGACCCUGGUUCUGUGGGAGACACCAUUGGUAACACUGCUGAGUUGGUCAGACGCCAUGCUGGGGUGCUAGGCCUUGGUGCAUGUGUUCUUUCUAGUCCUUACAAUGUUCCCACCUGGAUGCCCCAGCUCCUGAUGAAUCUCAGUGCACAUCUGAAUGACCCACAGCCUAUUGAGAUGACUGUAAAAAAGACCUUAUCCAAUUUCCGAAGAACACACCAUGACAAUUGGCAAGAACACAAGCAGCAGUUCACUGAUGACCAACUGCUUGUCCUCACCGAUCUUCUUGUGUCACCAUGCUAUUAUGCAUAGAAGGAUGACUAGUCCUCACUUUGGGCUGUUUGCAACAGAAAAUCCAGAUCCUCAGGUACCAUCUGUGGUGGCUCACUGCAGGCUUGAAGACGCUGCCUCUGUAGAGCUCUCAUCAUUUUGGUGGUUUCUGUGCUUGGUCUCUUUAGUCUGCAUUCCACAGGUUCUCAGCUGCAGUUUGAUUUCCUAACUUGUCUGGAAAUGUUUCCAGAAUAUUGAUCACUUUUGUUUUGAGACAUCUGACAAAGUCACAAGGUCUCAGACUAGAAAUAAUUACCCAGUAUGAUCAUGGCGUCCAAAAAACAGUCGAAGAACGCAUUAAGCAACAGUUCACUUGGAAUGGAGACUGUCCCAUCAGCAGUACAGGUCCUGUCAUUUCAUUCAUCUCAAAUGAUUUUAAAUCCUUCCCCAACAGAGGUUAGUUGUAGAUGGUUGCAGGGCUCUGAGUAAUAAAUCUGCAGCCUUGGCUCUGGAGAACCUGGAAGAGAAAAGGAACAGGGACAAGUCUUGAACCCAUCCGCUGGAUGACCUGAUGGACUGCUUGACCAAGACACAGAGGAGAAAUCUGUGUCUGCGCUUCCCACAGCCUUGGAGAUUUGGUGCUGAAUAGAGCCAGUUGCAGAAAACCGGGGGUUUGGUGAAUACAUUUUUGAUUGCGUAUUCUGUGUGUGCAAUGUGUGAUUUUGAAAAUAAACAGCAACAAUAAUAAAAA